GGAAAGGAUAUUCUUUUUCCUAGAAGAAAAGUGGGAUUGACUUUAUGGAUAAAAACUCAUCACCAGUCUCUCAGACAAUGUUUCCCAUUUAUUGGCAAAGCCUGCCAUCAAAAUGUACACAGGAAUUCCCAGAGAAGGCAAAAGCUGCACAUUCUGUACCCUGGAGUAAGCCUACUCUUGGUAACAAUAAGCCUGACCUGGUGCAACUUCAAAGCUUGGAUGAAUGUUUAAAGUUGCUCACAGACAUGGCCAAGGAGCUAGAGGAUAUCAGCAAGGGAAGAAAUAAAAGCACAUUGGAAAGGCACAAGAAAGUUUCAGGAGAAGACUCUAUGCCAGUCGAUGUGGAGAGCAGAAAGAGUCUCAUAAUGUCAUGGGCCAAAGAACUGGACAGGCUCAACAUGGCAAGAGGCAUGACAAAGGAAGUGUCCAUGAAAGCAGAUGUUACACAAAUGAAGAAUAAUGAUGUGUGUGAUAUCUCAAAAGACAAUGAGAGGAUCAUGAAGUGGGCACAAGAGUUACAGACUGUCACAGAGAAUUUGGGUCUGACAGAUGGAGACAUUAAGCAGAUUCUUACUAAACACACCAGAAAGGAUAGAAAACUAGAUGAAGUUCUUCCCUUUCUGGAGUUUGUGGUGUGGUCUCUUCUCUCAAAUGACUCCGAGGAGGAUGUUUCAAAAAUAUGGUUGCCAGCUAAGCAGAGAAAAUGGAAGACAAGCAGCCAGAAAUAUGUUCCUAAUUCAGUUUGGCAGUGGAUUCAGAGUGCCUCAGUUGACGUGCAUCUAGAUACCAGUUCACGCAACCCCUGGCUGUACGUGUCAGAAGACAAACUGAAAGUGUAUGAAUUACAUGAGGGCCCCCGGCAACAGUGGGACAACCCUCAACAGUUUGACAAGCAGCAGUUCAUCCUAGGGAUCAAGGGAUUCUCCAUUGGGAGACACUACUGGGAGGUUAAAGUACCAGCAAAAGGAAAAUGGAGGUUAGGGGUAGCAGCUGCAUCUGUCCAAAGAAAAGGCCGCUUCUACAUUGCUCCAGGAACAGGGUACUGGACUAUUUGUAACAGACCUGAGAAUCUGCAGGCGUGCACUGAUCCCCGUACCAAGCUACCAAAUUCUGCACCACUUCAGGUGGUUGGGGUUUAUGUGGACUAUGAGGAAGGACAAGUGUCCUUCUAUAAUGCUGAAAGCAGGUUCCAUAUCUAUACUUUCACAGAGACUUUUAGAGAAGUGCUUUUCCCUGUUUUUGCUUGUCUCGAUGGGAACACUGUGCUACAAAUCUGUACAUCAUAA